UCGGUCUGUAACUUGCAGUCGACGUCGUGUUCUUCAACGCGACGUACAACGUGACGUUUCAGUGGUAUUUCAGUGACAUAAUUAAAUUUCAAUAAAGGUAUAAUUCACGGAGGCAAUCAGCGGUUUCCGUGCCAGAAAUGACACGACCACCGCCUCUUGUCAGACGUCACUCUGAUCUACCGCUGUUUGAAUCUGUUGCCCGAAUUUCAAGUCUACCGCUGAUUGAAAGUGGCAUUACAAUAGCAGGAAAUGUUUACGAGAAGAUUAAGCGAUCCAAUUCCUUGAUGAAUUGGAGUCUCGACACCGCCGAACAAUCACUGGCGAUUGCAACAGCAUCUGCCAAACCCGCGAUGUUAGUUCUCAAUGGUCCAAUUACAACUUUGGAUCACUUGCUGUGCAGGGGAAUGGAUAUUGUGGAGCAAAGAGUACCAGCUGUUCAUUUUCCUCCGCAACUCUUGUACUGGAACACGCGAGAAUAUGUGAAUAACAAAUUCGUGAGACCGGUAUUGAAACGUGCCGGGAGCGUCAAGCAAAUCGGCAGUCAAGCAGCGGAUGCAGCAGCUGAUCGACUAGAUGGUGCAUUGACAGUUGCUGAUAAAUAUGUGGAUCAGUAUUUACCAGAGGAUCCAACAGACAAGUCUCAAGAAGAUGCAAAUCCAGUAGGAGCAACGAGUAAAACAACGCGCACUAUAAUUCACGGUGCGAGAUUUUCGCGAAAAUUACAGAGGAGAUUAACACGUCGCACAUUGGCAGAGGCACGAGCACUGAAAGACCAGAGCACAGAGUGUAUUCACGUGUUACUUUAUGUCAUCGAGUUGAUUGCAACGGAUCCGAAGAUGGCCCUGCAGAAGUCGAAGGAGCUUUGGGCUGCCCUCAGUCUUCCAGAGCCUGAAAAUCAGGCACGUCCUGCGACACUCGAGCAAUUGUUGGUUCUUUUGACCAGAGAAUCUGCUCGCAGGAUCGUUCACCUGGUUAAUGGCACAAUGAAUCUUGCUGCCAAAGCACCAGGACGCAUUGGAGUUACUCUCAUGACAGUUUCACAUCAAUUAUUGUCGAUAGCUGAAGUCACGCUGAAGAUGACUCCGGUAAUCGGAAAGAGUGAAAAAACUGACGCCCAGAUAUCGAUUCUGCGAUCGGCCAUCGAUCAUAUUAGAGUAACAACACAUUUACUGCUGGAACGCACUGCGAUAUUUCUCGCGGGUCGCCCCAAUCCCAAGAAAAUGGCGACCAAUCAGGUUCACGACAAUCACAAUAAUCAUCUGACGCACGUGACCAAUCGUUCAUCGAAUGGAAUCGACUAGACGUCGAAAAUUUCUCAUUAAUAAAUUUCUAAAUCCCAAAUGAAUGUCGAACAUAUUAUUUUAAUUAAUCGUGAUAAAAAGUGACUAAUAACAACUUUUAUACGCAGAUAAAAAUUUCUACACUUGUGCCAAGAAAUCUUGUCAUUGAAAAAACAAAUAGUGCAUUGUUAAAAAAUAAAGUA